AUGAACAGUGAAGAACAAGAAAAACAAGCAAAGAAAAAUUGUGGAAAAUUAUAUCGAAAAGUUUUAACUGAUUGUGAAAUCAUCAUGGACGACGAAAAGUACUUUACAUUAAGUGGAAACAACGUCUCCUGCAAUCGCUAUUUCUAUUCCACAAAUCCAGCUACAACUCCUCCAAACAUAAAAUUUCGAAAGAAAGCAAAAUUUGAACCAAAAGUGAUGAUUUGGAUGGCCAUCUCCACAAAGGGAAUUUCCGACGUUUACGUUCACAAAAGCAAGUUGGGUGUUGAUCAAAAAACAUAUUUACAAGAAUGUAUCAAUAAACGAUUAAUACCAUUUAUCGAUAAAUACCAUUAUGAUGGAAAUUAUUUAUUCUGGCCUGAUUUGGCAAGUUCACAUUAUUCAAAAGUUGUGCAAGAACGUUUAAAUCAAAAAAACAUACCAUUUAUUUCUCGUAAUGAUAAUCCACCAAAUGUACCACAAGGACGUCCAAUUGAACGUGUUUGGUCUAUACUCGAACAGAAAAUAUAUGCAAACAACUGGGAAGCAAAAAAUGCAGAUCAUUUGAUUCGAAGGAUCAAACAAAAGGCAAAAGAACUUGAUCAACCAACGUUGCAAGCCAUGAUGGAGGGUGUUCGGAAAAAGCUUUGGUCUAUGCGGCGAGAUGGACUGUAUUCAGUCUGUUAA